AGUGACGCUGACGUACGUUCCGUUGACGUGGACGUCCUAACAGGAAGUCGGGUUCACUCUGGCUACGUGGAAGUAGCUCGUCUACUAACCGAGGCUGAGAGCAGCUGUUGUCUUCGUUAGUCAGCUUCAGUCCGACAUAAUGAUUAAAAAAUUCGAUAAAAAGGACGAGGAGUCUGGUAAGUUUGGAGAUUUGCUCAAAUAAAUGAAUGAAAUUGUGUCAGCGGUGUCAGGGUGGAGGAUGCUAACAGGACGCUAGCCUGUUAGUGUUAGCAUACCCAGUCAAAGUUAAUGUACUCAUCGGGGUGGAUUAUGAUUCCUCUGACUAUGUUGCGGUCACUGAGGCUAAGAUUUUGCAUAAACACUUGUCUACGUGAGGUGAAAACGUCUGUCUCUUCUGUUUUGACGUUUAGGGAGUGGGUCCAACCCUUUCCAGAACCUGGAGAAGAGCGCCGUGCUGCAGGAGGUUCAGUCUGACUUUGCUUUAACACAUGAUUUGUCCAGAUCAGAAAUAGGAAUUUGAAGCCUUAUAAAUCAUAUCCUUAACACGGAUUUUGAAAUAAGACUUUGCUUCUCUUUCACAGGCGCGGAUAUUCAAUGAGACUCCUAUCAAUCCGAGAAGAUGUCUCCACAUUCUGACCAAGAUUAUCUACCUGCUCAACCAGGUGAAGGGAUGAUCCAAAAAGACACAAAUCUUUGUCUUGUAUGAUCGGUGUCCAUCAAUCCUCUCUGGGUGUUUAUUCGCUUACUAAAGUUUCCUCUUGUUUGUUUAGGGAGAGCAUUUCGGGACCACAGAGGCUACAGAGGCCUUCUUUGCCAUGACCAGACUCUUUCAAUCCAAUGAUGUAAGAGAUGAAUCCAAAAACCACUAAUGAGAUUAGUUCAAACUUUACAGCUCUUUAUUUGACCAAAUUGUCUUUCUUUUUGCAGCAAACCCUCAGGAGGAUGUGCUACCUGACCAUUAAGGAGAUGGCCAACAUCUCUGAGGAUGUCAUCAUUGUCACCAGCAGGUUUGUACUGUUUGAGUAAAAUCUCAUAGGAUUCAAACUCUGAAACCCUUUUCUUGACUUCUGUUAUUGAGUAAUGCUGUGAAACACCAACCUUAAAGGGAUAUUCCAACAUAAAACUAAUUUAGGGUCAAACACAGCGUAACACCGAGUUAGACACCCCCUCAGGAGAUAAAUGUUGCCGACUGCUUGCUUCUCUAGUUAUAUCAACUUUAGUAACGAGCGCAAGAUAUCAAUACACAGCGGUCUGAGGAGCCAUAAACAAACCUCAGGGUAUGCUAACGCUAACAGGCUAGUGUCUUCUUAGCAUCCUCCAUCCGUGCGGGGGGACACAGCUCAAGGAAGAACAUUUAUGAUCAUUUCUUCAUGGAAAUGCAGUCAGACCGAGACGCUGAGGCAGAAGAACUACCGCGUCUGGAAAUGAUGAAGAAAUGAUCAUAAAUGUUCUUCCUUGAGCUGUGUCCCCCCGCACGAGUCUUUAAUGAACUGGCCUGAGGUCUCCCUACAAACAAACAGCUGCUGGAAGAGAGUAGGUGAGUUGUGUUUAGUCUCUUUGCUAAAGAAAUUAGGCAAAGUUUAAAAGAUGUUUGGUGGCUAGUGCUAUAUACACUGUUGAUGAAGUUAGUUACUGUUCUGAGCAUCAUUUGUGGCUAUAGAGUGGCGUUUUGGUUGAGGAUUAUUUAUGGCUCCUCAGACUGCUGUGUAUUGCUAUCCUGCGGUUGUUACUAAAGUUGGUAUAACUAGAGAAGCAAGCGGUCGGCAACAUUCAUCUCUUGAGGGGGUGUCUAACUUGGUGUUACGGUGUGUUUGGUUCUAAAUCUUUUUUACGCAGGAACAUCCCAAGUGUUCAUUUGCAUCUGAGUUCUUGCUCAUAUUGGAUUCAGAGAAGACUGAGUCCUGUUGUCAUGUUAGUAAAUAAGAAAGUAAAGCGUGUAGGUUUUGGGAUGUCAUUCUUUGUUAUGAAUCAGCCCGAUCUGGCAGAUUUGUUUUGAAGUUGCACUUUCUGAAGGUGGUUCUUGGGUGUCAUAUUUCAGCCUGACCAAAGACAUGACAGGGAAGGAGGACGUGUACCGUGGUCCUGCUAUCAGAGCCCUCUGCAGGAUUACAGAUGUAAGUGUUGACUUGUUUGAUUUUCUUCACCUUUCCAUCUUUUUAGCUCUUCCUAGUGUGCCAGUUAAUGCAAGAGAGAAACAACAAAACAUAUAUGUGCUAUAAAUUUUCUCUGUUCCUUCCUUCCACAGACCACCAUGCUGCAGGCCAUUGAGAGAUACAUGAAGCAGGCGAUUGUUGACAAGGUUCCCAGUGUGUCCAGUUCAGCUCUGGUCUCCUCACUGGUAAGAAAUGAUAAUUUUUGGUCCUGUUUGUUUCUCAAUCCGUAUAAUUUAUAUAAAGUUGAGUGACUGUACCCCACGUUUUUGCUGGUGGGUGAUGACGUCCUCUCUGUUUUUUGUUCAGCACAUGGUGAAGAUGAGCUACGAUGUGGUGAAGCGUUGGGUGAAUGAAGCUCAGGAGGCUGCCUCUAGUGACAACAUCAUGGUCCAGGUUGGUAAUACAGAUAUCUGUAAUAUGUCAUUCCAAACAACCUGAAAUGUGUGUUUGUGUGGCUGCAUCAGUGAUUGAAACUUGGCCUGAUAAUGUGUGUCCUGUCUUCCAGUAUCACGCCCUGGGACUGUUGUACCACCUCAGGAAGAACGACCGUCUGGCUGUCACCAAGAUGCUCAACAAGUUCACCAAGUCUGGUCUGAAGUCUCCCUUCGCUUACUGCAUGCUGAUCAGGAUCGCCAGCAAACUGCUGGACGAGACUGAAGCAGGGUGAGUUCAGCUGCAGCUGUGUGAUGUUUUGGUUAAAGGGAUAUUCCGGCAUAGACCGCUGUGUAUUGCUAUCCUGCGGUCAUUACUAAAGUUGGUAUAACUAGAGAAGCAAGCGGUCAUCAACAUUUAUCUCUCGAGGGGGGGUGUCUAACUUUGUGUUAAGGUGUGUUUGACCCUGAAUUAAUUUUACGCCGGAAUAUUCCUUUAAGUAUCUUUUGUUACCUGAUAUUUCUGAGGCAGAUUUACUUUAUUCAAGCUCUAACAGAUUGAAUUUCUUUGUCUCAGUCAUGACAGCCCCUUGUUUGAUUUCAUCGAGAGCUGUCUGAGGAACAAGAAUGAGAUGGUGGUGUAUGAGGCUGCUUCUGCCAUUGUUCAUAUGCCCAACUGUACAGCCAGGGAGCUGGCCCCAGCUGUGUCUGGUCAGUACUGUGGUCCUCAUUCGUUGUUUUAAUGUUUCUGUAAUUUUGAUCUAAAUGAAAACAAAGGUGUUCUGUUAGUGUUUUAUUGAAAAGUGUGGUCAAUGUGUUUGUCCUGCUGCAGUGCUGCAACUCUUCUGCAGCUCCCCCAAAGCAGCCCUGAGAUACGCCGCAGUCAGGACCCUCAACAAGGUAAAGCUUCGUGCUCCAUCUGGUCUUCAAACUGCAAAGGUAAAAUGUUGAGCAAAAGCUGAUUGUAACUUCGCUCCUCCAGGUGGCCAUGAAGCAUCCCUCUGCUGUGACUGCGUGCAACUUGGAUCUGGAGAAUCUGAUCACCGACUCGAACCGCAGCAUCGCCACUCUGGCCAUCACCACCCUGCUGAAGACUGGCAGCGAGAGCAGCGUGGACCGCCUCAUGAAGCAGAUCUCCUCCUUUGUCUCUGAGAUAUCGGAUGAGUUCAAGGUCACACACACUUUGAUUUAAAGUUGACUUUUUCCUGCUUUGAUAACACAGCUGUUAAUCAUAUUAAAAUGUGUGUUUUUAUCUGAAAUUCACAUCUUUGACUCGUUUUUCAAUCAGGUUAUUCUUGUGCUGUUGUCUUAAAUCUGUCCCUGCUGUUUGUGAACUUCAGGUUGUGGUGGUUCAGGCCAUCAGCGCUUUGUGCCAGAAGUAUCCCAGGAAGCACAGCGUCAUGAUGAACUUCCUUUCCAACAUGCUCAGAGACGAUGUAAGCUGAUCAUUUACAAACUUCACUGCUGCUUAUAAUUUCAUAAAUGAAGCAAACUGAGACUCACAGGAACAUCCGUCCUCUACUUUCAGGGUGGUUUUGAGUACAAGCGAGCCAUCGUGGACUGCAUCAUCAGCAUCAUUGAGGAGAACCCAGAGAGCAAGGAGACAGGUCUGGCCCAUCUGUGCGAGUUCAUCGAGGACUGUGAGCAUACGGUGUUAGCCACAAAGAUCCUGCACCUGCUGGGUAAAGAGGGCCCGCGCACCCCCCAGCCCUCCAAGUACAUCCGCUUUAUCUUCAACAGGGUGGUGCUGGAGAGCGAGGCUGUGCGUGCAGGUAAGACAAAGUAGGAUACUCGAAAUUGUAACAAUUUCUUUGGCGUGGGAUUACUGCAGGAGCUGACUUUGAACACCCAGUUUAUCUAUUACUAGCAUUUCCUAACCAGUUGGGAUGUGUCUUCUUCUACCCUCAGCUGCUGUCAGUGCUCUCGCUAAAUUCGGAGCUCAGAAUGACGAUCUGCUGCCGAGCGUCCUGGUUCUCAUGCAGAGGUACUUAUUUACUUUCUACAUUUUCUUCCUCUAUGAUUCAUGUGACUGUUGAAAAUAUAAAGAAAAUGUCACCUAUGCCGCCUGAUUCACCUUUACGCGAGCUACAAUGACCUCUGCGCGUUCCUCCAGGUGUAUGAUGGACAGUGACGAUGAAGUACGAGACAGGGCUACUUUCUACAUGAACGUGCUGCAGCAGAAGCAGAAGGCUCUGAACGCGGCUUACAUCUUCAAUGGUAAGCGCUUAGUCACAAAAUCUGUUAAGUUGGGCUCCUGCCAGGCAGCCUGCAGGGCACAAACGGAGCGUUGAUGUAAAAUGAAAGCAUUAACACCUCCUCCUCUGUGUUUCUCUUUCAGGUCUGUCUGUAUCCAUCCCCGGCCUGGAGAAAUCCCUCCAUCAGUACACUCUGGAGCCGUCAGAGAAACCUUUCGAUAUGAAGAGUGUCCCUCUGGCCACCACUCCGAUCACAGAGCAGAAAACAGGUAUAUCUUCAAAGCUCUGCACUGAAUUUGAGCUUUUUUCUUUAUUCUGCUGAGAACCUGAGAAAAUUAAGCAUCUGUUUGUACCUUUCACUCCCAGAAAUCGCUCCUGUUGCCACAAGCAAGCUGCCCGAAAAGUUGGCCCCCUCACGCCAGGACAUUUAUCAGGGUAAGGCUGCAAAUACAAGAUUAUAAAGCAACCGGACACAGAAAUCAGGAUUGGUUUCAUGUUGAGUGUCCCUUGUUUUGUUUUUUCUUCACCCCGACAGAACAAUUGGCAGCCAUCCCAGAGUUCCAGAGUCUCGGUCCGCUCUUCAAGUCGUCAGAGCCAGUGCAGCUCACAGAGGCCGAGACGGAGUACGUGGUGCGCUGCGUCAAACACACCUUCGCCAGGCACAUGGUGUUCCAGUUCGACUGUACAAACACGCUGAACGACCAGCUUCUGCAGAAGGUACCGGCCGAGAGAAAAUUUACAGCGGGUAUUUUUCCGUCUUUCAACUUGAGUUUGUGAUUUCAUAAUUGUGCUUUCCUUCUCAGGUCGUAGUACAGAUGGAGCCAUCAGAGGCCUACGAGGUGGUACACUACAUCCCCGCCCCCAGUCUCCCCUACAGUCAGCCGGGUUCUUGCUACACUCUGGUCCAGCUGCCUGAUGACGACCCCACCGCUGGUAAGACUAAAUAAGAGUGUAAUAAAGUUCUGUACAGCCCAGAGGAGCAGAGUUUGAAGAGACUGUAUUAUGACGCACGAAAACCACAAUCCAAGAUUCUGAGAGAUCUAAGAAACUUGUCCCCCAUCUCCCCACAGUGUCUUGUACGUUCAGUUGUACUAUGAAGUAUCUGGUCAGAGACUGCGAUCCAAACACAGGAGAGCCAGAUGAUGACGGAUAUGACGAUGAAUAUGUGGUACGAAACUUCUGCACACCUUCACGCCAAGAAUGAUUCUUCCUUUUUUUGAUAUACUUGCUCUUCUUUUGGCGUCUAUUCCUCCAGCUCCUCUCUCCUCAUCUUUUGAUUUUUCUCAUUCCUUCCUCUUUUAGUUGGAGGAUCUGGAGGUGACGGUCGCGGACCACAUUCAGAAGGUCCUAAAACCAAACUUUGGUGCAGCAUGGGAAGAAGUGGGGGAUGAAUUUGAGAAGGAGGAGACUUUCGCCCUGGCGUCCGUACGGACUCUAGACGGUAAGCUGGAUGUGAUGCACUAAUUCCUCACACAAAGAUCAGUUUUAUAUAUUCACUCAUAACUCGCACACUGGACUGAUCGUUGGAUUUGUUUUGCAGAGGCGGUGGGUAACAUCAUCAGCUUCCUGGGAAUGCAGCCAUGUGAGCGCUCGGACAAAGUCCCAGAAAACAAGAACUCGCAUGUCCUCUUCCUGGCUGGUGGGUGUUGGAUAUCAGGAUGGUUGUGGUUGCUAUUUCAAGUUAAUAAAUGUAUUUUUAAGCUGCUUGCUUCUCGAUAUACAACGUUCUUAAAGUGGAUUAUCGUUACAGUAAGGAAAAUUGGCUGCACAGAUCACAAAAGAGUUCAGCACAAAUAUAUGAAUACAAGUCUUAAUUUUUGUUUUACUCCUGGAGGGUAAAUGUUCUGCAACUCAGCCAACUUUCUCUCUCUCCUCUCAGGUGUGUUUAGAGGAGGUCAUGACGUCCUGGUCCGUGCUCGCCUGGCGCUGGCUGACGGCGUCACCAUGCAGGUGACGGUUCGCAGCAGCGAGGAGACGGUAGUCGACGUUAUCCUGGCCUCUGUGGGCUGAAACACUCCGCUGCUUUGUGCCAACGCAACCAUGAGACCUUUUUAUUUCUUCUUCACGACAAACUGUUCUGAGAUUCUUCCCACAGCUCUAAAAUUUAAUGUAUAAAAAGCCUGAAAACAUUUUAUUAUUACUAAUGUAAGAGCUUAACCUGUUUCUGUUUACUGUCUGCUGGUCCUCGUCUUUUCUCCAGUGAGAAUUAUCUGUCAAAUCUUCAAUAAACUCUGACUGUUUAAGAACUUGAAUGAGA